AUGGUUGACAAGGCGGUGCAAAAUGGGGAUUUUGUUGGUUGUGAUGUAAAAGGUGGAUGUUUUGUCGACAUCCUUCAAUUUGCGGAUGACACUCUUUUGGUAGGAGAUGGUAGUUGGAAGCAUUUGUGGGCCAUUAAAGCGGUGUUAAGAGGUUUUGAGAUGGUGUCGGGUCUCGGUAUAAAUUUCAAUAAGAGUAAGCUUAUUGGAGUAAAUAUUAAUUCUCGUUUCUUGGAUGUGGCAACUUCUUUCCUUUCUUGCAAGAGGGAAGAUAAAGAGUUUUCUUUUCUAGGCAUUCUGAUUGGUUCUAAUCCUAGAAGGGCUAAGUUUUGGAGUCCUUUGGUUGAUAAUAUUAGGAGGCGCUUGAGUUCUUGGAAAGGGAAGUGGCUUAGUUUCGGGGGAAGAUUAACUCUCUUGAAAUCGGUGUUAGGUAGUUUACCUAUCUUUACUUUCUCUUUCUACUUGGCUCCGAAGAAGGAAUGGUGUGAUUUUUAA